AUGAUAAUUUUCCAAUUUUUGUUAACUACAUUUUUAUUAAUUAACAGAACUGUUUUAUCCAUAACUUUAGACGGGUUUUGGACAGGUAAGAUCACCACAAAUAAGUCUGAACAUGAAAUCGUAUUCCCUGCGACAGUACCAGGAGGAGUGUACACGGAUUUGUACAAAGCAAAGAUUAUACCAGACAAUUUUGUUGGAAACAAUGAUGCGAAUAACCGAUGGAUUGGUAAUCAAUCAGUCACCUAUAUUAAAAAGUUCAUUGUAAAUAGCACUUUACUAAAUGCUCCUAAAGUGGUACUAAUAUUUCAUGGCUUGGAUACAUUUGCCACAAUCACAUUAAAUGCUCAAGAAAUCAAGAAAACGUCAAAUAUGUUUGUAAAGUAUACAUUUGACGUAACAAAGUAUUUAAAAGAGGGAGAGAACUUGUUAUCAGUUACCUUUUCUUCUGCUGUUAAAGAAGCUGAGGCUUUAUACAAGGAACAAGCUUUGAAAUACAAAGUCCCUCCACUAUGUGUACCAAACACAUAUAAUGGUGAAUGUCACGUCAAUCACAUAAGAAAGAUGCAAGCAAGUUUUUCAUGGGAUUGGGGUCCAGCUUUUCCUUCAAUGGGAAUAUGGAAAAGUGUAAAAUUAAUUCCCGUCAAUGAUAUCUUUAUCACUGACAUUACAACAAACAUUCUCAGAGAAAAAAACUUUUGGAAUAUCAUAGUGACUACAUUUCUUGAAGUCAAUCUGCAGAAAAAUGAUAAAUCUCUACCCUGUCGAAUUUCAUCUAUUCUCCUUAUCAAUGAAGAACUAACUAUUCACAAUUCCAGUACUAUUAUAUUAAACACAAGUAACACGAGCAUAGAAGCAGUUACCCUCCUUAAAGUACCUGUGGAACGUGUACAGAAAUGGUGGCCAAAUGGUUAUGGCAAUCAAACUCUCUACUCAUUGACGGUGACUGCAGCUAGAAAUAAUACUAUGAAACAAAAAUCAGUGCGCAUUGGUUUCAGAACCAUAGAGCUUGUGCAAAAACCACUUAAGAAGGGACUGAGCUUUUACUUUCAAAUAAAUAACGUUCCAAUAUUUGCAAAGGGCAGUAAUUACAUUCCAGCCAGCGUGUUCCCUGAAUUAAGCGGUAAAGAAGACACGAUUAAACAUUUAUUAAUGUCUGUCAAACUAGCGAAUAUGAAUAUGCUCAGGGUUUGGGGUGGUGGUCUUUAUGAAUCCGACUUAUUUUAUAACAUGGCUGACGAAUACGGAAUCAUGAUUUGGCAAGAUUUUAUGUUCGCCUGCGGAAUGUAUCCAACAUCGGGAAAAUUUCUAAAUUCUGUGAAGGAAGAAGUUAUACAGAAUGUACGGAGAUUACAAAAUCAUCCCAGUAUUGUCCUCUGGGCUGGUAACAAUGAAAACGAAGCAGCCUUAUACGGGGACUGGUAUGGUACCGGUACUGCUCAAAUAUAUAGAAACGAUUAUGUUAAGCUUUACGUAGAUCUGAUAAAAAAAGAAGUAGAACAGUUGGAUACUUCCCGGCCUUUUGUGGUGUCUAGUCCCAGCAACGGAUUAUACACAGAGCAGUAUAAUUAUACUGGAGAGGAUCCAUAUUCAAAGUUAUAUGGAGACGUUCACUAUUACAACUACCUUAACGAUGGAUGGGAUAUGCACCAAUAUCCUCUCACCAGAUUUGCAUCUGAAUAUGGAUUCCAAUCGCUACCAUCGAUUUACACCAUUUUACCAGCUACAGAGAGUACUGAGGAUUUGAACGUAGAGAGUAAUUUUAUGAAGCAUCGCCAACAUCUGCCCUUAGGAACGAUAUACAUGAGAGGUCUGAUUUCAAAGAAUUUUCAGAUACCUGAAACACAAAACAAAGUGAGAGACUUCCAGAAUUUAAUAUACUUAAGUCAGAUCAACCAAGCUGUUUCUGUGAAAGUGCAAACAGAAUUCUAUAGACAGUCGAUGUCCGAAUUGAAUGAAAUAGGCGAAGGGAUGACAAUGGGAGCCCUUUAUUGGCAAUUAAACGAUGUUUGGCAAGCUCCAUCUUGGUCUUCUAUUGAUUUCAAUGGACAGUGGAAAAUGCUUCAUUACUAUGCUGUAGACUUUUUCGCUCCUGUUAUAGUCACAUAUUAUAUUCAAGGGACUGAUCUUUCAAUUUAUGUUGUUUCUGAUAAAUUAGAUACAAUAACCAACACCACCCUGGAGGUGAAUCUUUAUACAUUGAAUAUUAUGAAGCCUAUACAGUCACGUACUAUUUACAAUAUAAAUAUAAACGCAAAUGCAGCGAGUAAAAUUCACGAUGAUGUGUUGAAACAUUCGUGGAUCUUAAAUUCUACAUCACUUACCGAAUGUCAGUCUGGGGUUACCACAAAAACGAAUUGCAUUACAACACUUACGUUAAAAGACAAAACUGGAUUUCAGAUAGCACCCACAAAUUAUAUAUAUCCUAGCAGUCUACUGAAAACUAUUACUCUACCCAUUGCUGAUAUUUCUGUGAAAGUAAAUGACGUACCUGGAAUGCGUUCAAAUUAUCUCGACAUCGAAUGUGAAUUAACAACAAACAAUAUAGCACUUUUUGUACGAUUAGAAGCUGGUAAUAUUUGUGGUCGUUUUUCGGAAAAUGGCUUCCAUAUGUUUCAACGAAGAAAACGUGUAGUUUACUAUGCGUGCGAAAUGGUUCCACUCGAAAUAUUCGAACAAGUUCUAAAAGUUACUACGCUCUCCGAUAUUUAUAAUCCAAAGUAAAAGAAAACAUAUGUAUACUUUUCUUUUCAUUAAAUUUACCCGUU